UUUCCACAGAUUAUCUGUCUUUUCAUGACAGUUUCAACAACAUAUAUAUAUGUCACACCCAUGGUAAGUGUAAACUUUGCAACCACCUGCUUAGACCUUCAUCCUUCUGUCAGUCGAUCAAAGAAAAAUAAAUCCCCAGAAGAGACAAAGGAAGGGGAAAUAGCAGUCAUCGGUCUCAAAGAACUGUUGUUUCCCAUCUUAAUCUCAGAGUUAAAAGAAUAAUUGUAUAUUUAAGAGUAACUGACACACGCUUUGCUGAAACUUGUCGACUGUGGAAAAAUACUCGAUGGGCGCACAACUCCGGCCAAAAGUCAAGUGCACACUUGCAGAUGCUUCUAAAUUAAAGGUGCAAUUCUCAAUGUUUGCGGUCUUGUUACAUUUUCUUUUUACUUUUGCUGAUUUCACUUGAUAUUGGUGACCAGCCAACUUGUAAAUAUUUGAAGUUCGAGCUAAAUCUGACAUGAGAAGAAACUUCGCCGAGUGUCAGUGAGAAGCAGCGCGGACAAUAGAGUCGGAGCAGUCAGUGCCCUGCGGCAGAACAGCUGGAGAUCGGUGGAAAGACGCGAGAGGAAAUAGGGGAUGUAGUUUAUACAGUGUCUGUCCUCUUUCCUCUGUCCUUAACAGUAUCAAAAAUCCUGUUUGUCCGCCAACAGAAGUCAUAACAGUCAAGUUUGUUUUAAAGAUGACACCUUUGCGAACUGGUUCUACCUGUUCCGUGCUCCAAGUGGGAUCAUCCACGUUAUUUGCAUUUUCUAACCUCGCCGUGUUUCCACGCUCCGUCCGUUUGCCACGCUUUCUAUCCCUGGAAAUUUCCUGCAGCCUCGAUCGCUUGGACAGUCACGUUGCUCGAUACUCUGGGAUGCAGCUGAUCGGAUUCAUUGUGCCCUCAUAACAAAACGAAGACGCCGCGCCAAAGCGGAGCCAUGUUUUAUAAAACAAAACAACACAGAUCAGCUCAGUGAGUUCUGGGAAAAUCUUUCUUGGCAUGUCUGUGAAUCGCGUGUCGGCCGCGCAGGUCGAGCCGCCUGCGCUUCGUGUUGGAACCCGCCGAGAGAGAUAUUUUCCAGUUUGGUGAGCAGCGUGCCGGUGCGUCGGGAGCAGGCGGACGCAGGCCGCUCCUCGGGCACGAGUGGAUAAAGCGAAAAGAAAUAAUAGGGAAUGAAGCGAGAGAGAAAAAUGAACAAUCUGAAACUAUGUACGGUGCUGAGGUGGAGGUAAACAACCCGAUGCAGUUUGUGCAGAACCCCUGGGAGAACGAGCCUGUCAAAAGGUUACGCAAUCAGCCCACCACACUGAGGCGGCACAGACCUCCAGUGUGCUGUAGGGGAUGUGUGUGUGUGUGCGUGUGUGUAUGUGUGUGCGUGCGUGUGUGUGUGAAUGGAUAAAGGGGGCGUUUCUUCAGCGAGAGGCAAAGCAGAGGGAAAAUCUCAAUGUAAGCUGCGCCAGAGUUUUCAGUUUCCUCUAUCUCCGCCCCUCAAUGCAUGUUAUAUAGUGAAACCUGAAGCGGUGGCUGACAGCCCCACUCUGUCCUGGAAGGCGGCCGUCUGUCAAACAUUAUGCAAGGUGAGAAACGAGAUGCAGAAAACACGUCCAAGGCGGAGCCGUCCAACGGUCAUGGCAGGCCGGUGGACAUCGUCCCCAGCACCGAGGAGAAGAUGAUGGACAGGGGCCAGUGGGGCAACAAGAUAGAGUUUGUCCUAUCUGUCGCCGGGGAAAUUAUCGGCCUGGGCAACGUCUGGCGUUUCCCCUACCUUUGCUACAAGAACGGAGGAGGGGCUUUUUUUAUUCCAUACCUCAUCUUCCUGUUUGCUUGUGGCAUCCCCGUGUUCCUCCUGGAGACUUCUUUGGGACAGUACACCAGUGAGGGCGGCAUCACUUGCUGGCGGAAAAUUUGCCCGUUGUUUGAAGGAGUGGGUUAUGCCACCCAGGUGAUUGUCGCUCUCCUGAACAUCUACUACAUUGUUGUGCUGGCCUGGGCCAUAUUCUUUCUCUUCAACUCCUUCACCUGGGAUCUUCCCUGGGCAUCUUGCAACAACACAUGGAACACAGAUUCCUGCAUGGCAUUUCAGAGGGGAAACGGCUCCGUCAAUCACCAUGAGAACGCCACCUCUCCCGUCAUUGAGUUUUGGGAGCGUAGAGUCCUGAGAAUUUCCUCUGGCAUUGACCACAUUGGCGCGUUAAACUGGGACCUGGUCGCCUGCUUGGCCGUCGCGUGGGUCAUCUGCUACUUCUGCAUCUGGAAGGGAGUCAAAUCAACUGGGAAGGUGGUUUACUUCACGGCUACUUUCCCGUACAUCAUGCUGUUGGUCCUGCUGAUCAGAGGAGUCACUUUGCCCGGAGCCUUGAGGGGAAUCCACUAUUACCUUUACCCCGAUUUGGGACGACUGUCUGACCCCCAGGUCUGGAUGGAUGCUGGAACGCAGAUAUUUUUCUCAUAUGCCAUCUGCCUGGGCUGCCUUACAGCCUUAGGAAGCUACAACAAAUACAACAACAACUGCUACAGGGACUGCGUGUGUCUCUGUUUCCUGAACAGCGGCACAAGUUUUCUCGCCGGCUUUGCCAUCUUCUCCAUUUUGGGUUUCAUGUCCUUUGAGCAAAACGUGCCGAUCUCAGAAGUGGCCGAAUCUGGUCCCGGUUUGGCCUUCAUAGCAUAUCCUCGCGCUGUCACCAUGAUGCCCCUUUCCCCUCUCUGGGCCUGCUGUUUCUUCGUAAUGAUUGUGUUCCUGGGACUGGACAGUCAGUUCGUGUGCGUGGAGAGCUUGGUGACAGCCAUGGUGGACAUGUAUCCCUCCGUCUUCCGCCGCAAAAACCGCAGGGAGCUCUUCAUCCUGGCAGUAGCUGUGGUGUCCUUCCUUUUGGGACUCAUCAUGCUGACAGAGGGAGGCAUGUACGUCUUCCAGCUGUUUGACUACUACGCAGCCAGCGGGAUGUGCCUUCUUUUCGUGGCUAUUUUUGAGACUGUUUGCAUUGCCUGGGUUUAUGGUGCUGAUCGUUACUAUGACAACAUAGAGGAUAUGAUCGGGUACCGUCCCGGCCCCGUCAUUAAAUUCUGCUGGCUCUUCUUUACCCCAGCAACGUGCUUCGGAACCUUUGCCUUUGCCUUGAUCAAGUACUCACCUCUGAAGUACAACAAUGAAUACGUGUACCCAGUAUGGGGGGACGGGAUUGGCUGGGUUCUGGCUCUGUCCUCCAUGCUCUGCAUCCCUCUGUGGGCGGCAGGGAAACUCUACUAUACUCCAGGAACGCUUAAAGAACGCCUCAUUCUUCUCACCACUCCUUCCACUGACUUACCAACGACGAAGCAACAACAAGGGAGGCUGAUGGGCGUCCAACCUGGAGACGGCGACAAACCCCAGCAGAAAGCUCCUCCCACCAGAGAUGGCUACUUCCCUGUAGACGAAAAAGAGUCUCACUGCUAGAGACUUGGGAGUCAAACUCUCUCUCUUUCUUUCUUUUUUCCUUUCUCUCUCUCUCUCUCUCUCUCUCCCACUUUCUCUCUCACUCCCUUACGUCAGGUGAAGACUUUCAGAGCCACCAUACCUGUAACUGCACCUCUUGCUACUGGAUCUUCCUCCCUCGUCCCGGUGCCUUGAACAAAACAUUCUCCAUCCUCUUUUGGAGAGCGUGUCAGCAUCUCAUUUGCCCAUGGCAGAGUAAUGUGUACAUUUGAAAACGUGACCACUAUAGGUUCUCAGUGGCAAAGAAAUUUGCUUUCUAAGGAAGCCUUUUCACCUGUUAUGGACAUCUGUAAUGUUCAGUUAGUUUGACGCGACGUUUCGGUAACUUUCGUUCAUUUUUAACGGCCUGGCCUGCAGCAGACGGAGCACAAGAAGUGUCCCGACACUGACUGCAGCGUUCAUGAAAAGCUAACUUGAAUAACAUUAUUGACUUUUUAAUUGCAUUUUUUAAUUAUUAUUAUUAAUGCAACAUAUACGUAUGUCUUGGAUACAGUUCUGCAGGGAUGACUUUUGUCAUCUCUGCGCGUUCGUACACUAUCUUGAAAAAGUUUGAAAAGUCUGGAAACCUGGAAUUAUGGGGGAAAAGGCGAUUCUUUGUCUGAAAAUAUGGUUCAAGUUUCCAGACUUUAUUUCUUAUCGUACCUUUUUCUAUUAAACAAAUGGAAAUUUCCAUAAGCAGCAUGAUUUUUACACUGUUUUAUAUUUGAAUACACGUUAUGUUUCAUCUGUGAUUUUCCACAUUGGAUUUUAAAUUCAAGAUGUUCACCAUCACCGACUUGAGAGGGAAAAAAAAAAAACUGACAUUUUACUGCUUCUUCACUGAAGGCCAAAAGUGUCACAUUAAAUGCCACAGCAAGUGUUAAGCAAAUAUUUAUGGAUGUGACCAUUUAAAUAAAUAACAAUGCAGGACAAUGCAGAAUAAAUAAAUACAUUUCAGCAAUUAUUAAAUGUUUCUUGAUUACAGAAAUAGACUUAUAGCAUGUAUUCUCUAUAUUUCAAAAGUGCAUGUGCUGAAGUAUUUAUUUUCUUACCUUAUUCAAUAGUAUUAAAUUUGUUUUAUCUGUCAACCUGAUCCAUCGUUAGGAAUUUCAAAUAUGAUGAAAGAAAAUAUUCAUAUUUUCUAAAAAAUGAUAAAUUACAAGAUCCAUGUUGUCUUAUAAAUUCUAUUUUUAUUUAAAUAAUCACAUGAACAGCCAUGACUAGGUCGGCUCAUCUUUGCAGACGAGCUCUUCUCAUUCAAGUCGGUUUUGAUGUCAAACAUUAAAGAAUCGGAAUAGAAUAGAUCCUGAUUCACAAAUAAGUGUUGAGUUUGAAGUAAAACUGAUCCAAGUCCAGUAGUUGUAAAAAAAAACAAAAAAAAACAGCAAUGGACCAGUCCUUUAAAGUGUCAAAACAAAAAAUUGGGAGCCAACAUCAGUGUUGUAGUUUUUUAAUGCUUUGUGGAAAAAAACACCUGGUCUCUACAGGUGUUUUUGAAAUGAUUGUAAUGCACUUCAAUGUCCAAAAUGUUCUAAAUGUAAACAUUUGAGCCUACAAAGUGGAAACCUGUGUAGGAACCCUUAAUUUCAACACCCUCAAUACCACACUUCUUUCUCUCCUUUCUUUCUUUCUUUCUUUCUUUCUUUCUUUCUUUCUUUCUUUCUUUCUUUCUUUCUUUCUUUCUUUCUUUCUUUUUUUUACCGAAGUAUACUAAUAAGUGCUGCUUGAGAGAACUUGAGGUGAGGAAUGUAGCUCAAAGGACCAAUCAGAUAAGCUGUUUUGUUUUUUUUAUCCCGUUGUAAUACUUUGGAAAAUUACGAUUUAAUUUUUCACCUGCUUUACUGAAUUUUACAGAGUUGCAUGGUUAUUUUGUUUGUCUUUUUUUUUUUUUUUAUCGUUUCCUUUUACUUUUGAUGUUGACACAGUUUUACCUUAGCUGGGGGUGUCUUGUAUCUAAUAUACAGGCUUUUUUAUGCCGUUAAAAUGCAAAGGUUCUUAAACAGGGUGUUGAUCUGGGAAAGCUGGUUGAUAUGUUUCUUUUUAAAAAAAAAAAAAAAAAGCCUUAUUUGAUUUCUUUUCUGGUGCACACGACAAACCUCAGACUUGGUCCAUGUGGGAAUGAAUGUACAAUAACCGAUUACUAUACAGAACAAUUUAUACAACUUUUCUAUUGUGAAAUAUGUUUUUAUGACUGAUUAAUAUCACCUUAAAUUUAAAACAAUGCUUUCUGUUUUUCUGAUGUUAUUCAUUUUACCUUACCUGAUUUUCAUAUAACUGUCUUGGUAUAUAAAAAUAAUAAAACAAUCUGUUGUUGCAGUUGG